UUAAUUUUUUUUAGUAAUGCCCAUGUUGAGGGUUAGGUCCAAAAAGAAUGUAAAUUCAGAAAACGUAAUGAGUUUCCAUGUGAAUGGUCUGGCAAGGUUUGAAUCUGGGUUGGUGCCGAUAAAUUGUUGUGCAUAUAAAUUGCUUUGAUCCACAAUCAAUGCACACAGAUCUUCCGUGAUAAACACCACCAAAAAAUCAAGGGGAGUAGUUAAAUUUGCUAUUUCAACAUGAAUUCCGGGUUGGGAAGUGAAUGGGGGAAGUACGGGUACUGCAGAAUUUGUGGGCUGCCAAAUGGGACUUGCAAGCACAUCCGGAAGGAUACUAGGGGCUCUAUGGGCCUGUGUGUGAAUUCUUGGUGGUUGCGGGACAAUACUUGUGCUUGCCACCGCACCAGCUUGUACUGCACUUAUGGGACUCGCCACGGCACCAAGUGAUACUGCAGUGCUGGUAUGUGAAAGAACAGGAAGUACUAG